UGCAGUUGCAGGCGGCGGUGGCAGCAGCAGCGGCGUUCCAAGGUCCGGGCCGACAGCUCUGCAAGGCCAACCCCGGGUGGCGCAGGACCCCCGGCCUGCUGAGUGACUGCGGAGGACAGCGGCGCGCCGCCAGACACUGCAAAGAUGGGGGAGGCGUCGGAGAUGUCGAUGUCCAUGUCCGUGCAGAGUGCAUGGGAGGACUUGGUCGUGGAGAAUCCAAACCGAGCCAAACUAGAAGGCUGCCUCCUAACCACAAUCAUGCUCGUCGUAUGCUGCAUCAUCGCCCUCCUCGUCUACGUGUUUGUUCAGCUGCAACCUGCAGGUAAUGUCAGUGUGCGACCUCCGUACUGGAAAACCCUGUUCCACGACGACCCUCCAAACAGACAGUUUGCAAUACGUAUGAUUGGAUGGAUCAACUGGACGGCGACCCGCUGCAAGGACUUCUCCGAUUGGGCUUGUGGAGGACGUGGAAUUGAAGCAUCAAGCCUUGCCAUAAGCGAAACCGCUGAAACAGCCGCCGAAGACUACGCCAUGGAAUACGCAAUGGAGUUGAUAGACAGCCACAUGGUCCUAAACAACGCGGAACCUUCACAGAGUUCAGCUGCAAAUGUCCACACGUACGGCUUUAAUGGCAUGGCAAAGGUUGCCCAAGCGUGCCGACAAGGCAUGAAGACCAAAGAGGAAUUCAUAAAGGACUUCACAGAAAAUUGGCCGAAAGAUAAGGGUGCGAAACCUGUUAUGAUACCGAAUGCGGAAGGAAGUCAUGUUUAUGACAUGUUAAAAAGCUACCACGAAGAUCUGCAUUUCUUUCCACUGGGCGAUCAUUACUACACUAAGAAAAAAGAUAUUCUUACGGUUUUCCCUCCACGGUUCUUCGGGCGGGCGAUUGACAUAAGCAACCCCAAAUAUCUUGAAACUGUGGCAGCUGGCUUUAAGCAGAUAGCUUCUUUGCUGCCUGGCUCUUGCUGCGGGGACGAUGGAAGCCAGAUACACAAAUUCGAAGUAGAGUUGCUGACGGAGCUGGAAAAGAUUGACGAUACCUUUUAUGACGUCGGAGGACCGGAUCAGGCCAAGCCAGAUAAAAAGGUAGAAGACAUCUGCACCACAGUCUACGAGAAGCAAAAGUGCCGGUUCUUGCACACCGGUGUAAGGAAAGCGUUUGGAGCUUCGCUCAAACUAAAGGGAAGUUUAUAUAUGAACUGGGCUUUAGCAAAAUAUAUGAUCCUGUUUGCGCCGUUUCUACCAUCUGACGACCCUACGUUGCUUCCUUUCUAUAACUUGGUGGCCAUGUACCACAGGAGGGCAGAGAUGCCGCACAAAGACAUUCUCUGCAUGCAUUUCCUUGAGCACUAUUACAGGGACACGCUACUAGACCUUUUCAGCAAAACCAAGCACUUAAAGGAUGUGACCGAAACGAUGAAAGAAGCUGCGGGUAAGCUUAACGGCACAUUGAGCACCAUUGGAGGAUCAGGAAAGAGUGCUGGCCCGAGUACACUGUUCGCAACGCAGCUUGCUUACCCAAAGACCCCAUUCACGCCUGACCUGCUAAAAAGAACUGACAUCGCAGAAUUCUUUACCCAUGGACUGGAAACCUUGACAUUUUUCUAUCCCAAAAAAAUAUCGUCGGACGAUUUACGGACACAAAACCCAGAUACUAGCCCUAUGAAAAUUAUUUUUGAGCGUGCUUCACAGCUGAAAGAAGAAGCCGAAGAUGACAGUUGGAGAGGAUCAAUCUUCCGGGGAGAAGCUUGGCAGGAUGCGUUGACCGAUCGCAUCUAUGUUCCUCUCGGGUUGGCGGUGCCUCCGUACUACCACAAUGACACUAAUAAAAUAAAACACUCCGUUCCUGGAUUCUUGCCGAAGAUCUACAAGGCAAUGCUGCAACGCUUUGUCAAAUACUUCCUUUCUAUGAGCAAGGCCACAAAAAGACCCUACGAAGAGGCACCUGCGAAGGCACCAGAGCCCGUGCCAUCAAAAAGCCUCGACCCAAUUGUAACUCACGUGCUAAAGCAAGUCAAGUGCUUCAAGAAAGCGUAUGGACCAGACAUGAUGUGGGACCUCUUCUAUGAAAAGUCUGCCGUGCAGCUGGCUUACCAAGUUUGGAGGUUGGCGUACAAUCACGAAACCGUUAACAAGGACACGCAGCUGCGACUCGCGUACAUAAAGUUCUUCAGCGAAGAGAUGUUAUUCUUCAUAACAGCAGCCAACGGUCAUUGCUACACCGCAAACCCCAAGUUCGCAACUAAGAAAGAGCAAGAACUAGCACCAAAAAGGGUAAACUCCCUGCUGUACAGCAAGCUCCUGGGCCAGAGCAUGCUGUGCAAUGAGCAGCGAGAAGUUUACAAGCCAACGUGCCCUGGUCUCUUCGCAGAACUUCAGCGUGUUGACGAAGCUUUGUGGACCGUGGAAAGCUGGAGGAAUGCCAAGAAAGUCCUGUCGGAUUAAAAUUU